GCUGCGCGUAGACACGACGACAACGGCACGCUAAAUUCACUCUUCAGUCCGAUUUGGUCAGGCGCGGUGAGCGCUUCUGAGUGCGAGCUGAAUCUGAAAUCGGAAAAGGGUCUGCGUAAAGUGCGGAAAACAUCGCGAACGGUGAAAUUUGGAGCGUUAUCACGGCGUGAAUCGAUCCUAUCGCGAGGCCCGAUUACAUAUCGGAUAUUUUUCCACAACACGAUUGUACAAUUUUAAUAAUAAUAAUACACCAUCGUACAUCUAUAUAAAAAUAAAAAACAGGCAAUCAACGCAGUGCAAAAAUCAUGCCACUCAAGGGAACGAUCAGAGUGAUAACCAGGGCGUGUCUAUCGACCAAGCGCCCCUCCGGAGCCGAUAAAACGGCUUUCAAAAGCGCAACGACACAUUUAAUGCGAGUCGCAAGCAGAAGCUUCUCAACUACCGGAUCGCUCGAAAUGAGGUUCGUACAAUUUGUGAAUAAAAAUGGGGGCCCCCAGCACCUGGGGGUACAACUUCAACCGGGCGGCGACAUCACCGACAUAUCGGCUGUCGAUUCCAGGAUCCCGAACAACCUGAAAAAAUUCUUGGAAGGCGGUGAGGACCUACUGAAAAAUGUGAAGAGGAACGAGAGUUUAAUGGAGACUGUGAAAAGGAUAGUAGUCGAAGGCAGAAGCAUAGUGCAAGAAGCCGACGUUAACUUCCUUCCCCCAGUUACCCGGAUGGACAAACUAGCCUGCGUUGGCUUAAACUACAGUGGACACUGCAAGGAACAAGGGCUGGAACCCCCAAAAAGUCCUGUCAUGUUCAGCAAAUUUCCCAGCAAUAUCGUAGGACCGAAUGAUGACGUCGUUUUACCCAGCAUAUCCGAUAAAGUUGAUUGGGAAGUGGAACUGGCGAUAGUGAUUGGAAAGAAGGGUAAGGCGCUGAACAACCAUGAAGCUGAGGACUACAUAUUCGGCUACACGAUCGCCCAGGACUUAUCCGCCCGUGACUGGCAAAAAGGAAGUCGAAAUGGGGGCCAAUUUCUCCUCGGCAAGGCCAUGGACAAUUUCUGUCCUCUGGGGCCUGCCGUCGUUACAAAAGAGGCGAUAUGUGACAUAAACAAUCUGUCUGUAAAAACGUGGGUCAACGGUCAGCUCAAGCAGGAUGGAAAUACCAGCGAGCUCAUUUUCAAGCCCCAUGAUAUCGUUGCCUACCUUUCUCAAUUUGUUACUCUGCUACCCGGUGAUGUAAUUUUAACCGGAACUCCUGGUGGCGUUGGAUUUGCACGCAAUCCUCCGGAGUAUCUGAAGAAAGGAGACAUCCUAGAAUCGGAAAUAGAAAGUCUCGGUCGUAUGCGUAACACGAUGGUUUGAUCGUCGGCAGCAGUUUUAAUGAACUGACACCGUUUUAGCGUAUAUUCGUUAAAAUUAUACGUUAAUCGCACUUUAAACGAAUAUUUUCAUCGAUGAAAUUUAUCAAAAAAUGCCCUGAACACGGGAUUAACAUCUAUCACCAACGGAUCGCUCGAGAAGCUUUGACUCGAAACAGGUGUGUGCAUUUUUUAUGUCCAGAAAUAACUGUAUUUUCAGCAAUAUGACGAAUAUUGGAUUCGAGGUGUAAUUGUAAUAUAGACGUAUUGCCAGGUCGAUGAAAAGAGCAAUGACGGAAAAGAUUUUUUAUAUUAAAAGGAAGACGGAACCAAACGGUUGAGAAGUCGUAAAUCUAUACCGAAUUCAGUGUACUUAGUUGCGUAAUUUGUAUGAGAAAUAACAAAAAAAAUUCCAAGGUUCUGAAUCGUAAAGUUUUCACUUUAUUAGAUUUGAACCUAUUCCUUAAUUCGAUUUUUGUGAAUUGGUGAUUUUUCUUAACUUGCGUAGUACGAUCUGAGUACUAUCCUAUAUAUUGUAAAGAAUUUUUUUGUAUAAUUGUAAUUAAUUUUCACUUAUAUAUUACACUAUAUAUACUUGAAUGAAUCAUAUGUUAAAUACACUAUAAAGACAUUAUACAUAAUAUUUCUAUAAAUGAUAGAAGUUCGCCUUUGUUUCUUACCUGGGGGUCAUUCAACGAUAAACUUAAAGAUAACAUGGCCGGGUAAACAAUUAAGGCCAAAUGAUAGGAGACCGUGCAAACGGAUUGUAAAAAUUAUCUUUGAAAGCUCUGAAGAUAACUAAUUUGCGAUGAAAACAUUUCAUUUUAAUUUAAUAUUCACCAACUUUUGAGGAGAAAUAAUGCAACGUCCGAAAAUUUCUAGGAUACUCCGUGUAAAACGGCGUUAAAAUUUCAUUGAAUAUCAACCCUUUUCCCUCUGCAACAUUGAAAACGAUUGGAGAAUACUUGACGAAAAUUCAGAGUUGGCGAGAUAACAAGCGAGACUGGUUUAAAUUAAUCUAGAAGAGAUUAAACGGCCCGUAGAUUACCGGAUCACCAGUCCGAGGACAACGAUUUAUUCACACAGAUUAUCUUUGUCUCGCUCUCUUACCAGUUUUGCCAACUGUUAAUGUGAUACCGAAUUCAUUGCCUUCAUAAUCAAUUGAUGUUCCUUGAAGCGAGCAGAGAUCGUGCGUUGUAAAAUUAAAAUGUAUCUAGAAAAUAGAUAUCUAUUCUCACUUUCUCUCGAUCUCAUCCCAAGCUAUA